AUGACGGAGGAAAUUGCGAUAAAUAAAAGCCCGAUGGGAAUGACAGAUUCGCAACGACGUUCCGCAGAAAAUUUGCCCCCCAGGUUCGCCGCGACGAUGUGAACCUGGCUUUACGACAUCAUCGCAUGACGCGUACUAACGUGUGUACACGUGCGACCAUGUAUGGUAAACGCGGUGCGUUAAUCGUCCUGGAGGGUUGCGACCGAGCCGGCAAGUCGACCCAGGCGAAGAUGUUGACGAAAGCUUUGAACGAGAGGUCGAUUCUCGCGAAAGCGCACGCUUUCCCAAACAGAAACACACCCGUUGGAGGUUUGCUAAAUGGUUUCCUGUCGAAAGAGAUAAAUAUUCCGCCCGAGGCAGCUCACUUGUUAUUCUCAGCCAAUCGGUGGGAGUGUAAGGAAGACAUGGAGAAGACGCUCUUGUCCGGUAUUACUCUGGUGGUGGACAGGUACGCGAGUUCCGGGACUGCGUACACGGCAGCCAACACGGGCAGAAGCCUAAAUUGGUGCAAACAGCCGGACUUGGGACUGCCAAAGCCAGACUGUGUGGUGCUUCUCAAGGUGUCGAAGCACCAGCAAGAGCUGCGUAACAACUGGGGUAAGGAAAGAUUCGAGAAGGACGAUUUUCAGGCGUGCGUCAACGCUAAUUACGAACAAUUGAAGGAUGACACGUGGAUCACAGUGGACGCUGACCAGGAUAUGUCGGCGAUACACGACGAGAUACUAAAGAAAGCACUAUCGGUCAUCAAAGAGGCCCAAUUUCGAAGAAUAGAACCGCUAAGCAGUUAAAAGUGUAGACGAAUUUGUACUUUUCUACUUUCCUGAUGUACUGCACAUUCCUGCCAUUGGAAACAGGUCGUUAUUAUAUUUAUACGUGAUAUUUUCUCCGCUGCCUCCGAUGAUGCCGUUACUUCCUCGUAGAAACGGCUUUGAAAUCUCGGUCAAGAAUCUCCAGACUUCGUUCUUAUCCACGAAAUAAGCUUAAGCCACAUCCUGUUUGAGGGGACAAUAUACGCAAAUAUUGAUUAAAAGUGAAAAGAUCAGGAUUGAUGUAAAAAAUUGUUGAAGGGAAUUGUUGGGAACUGCUGAACAUUUUAUGUGAGAAAAGUUACAUGAAUAUAAGUAAAUAAAAAAAUCUGUUUAUUUUAUAAA